ACAAGAAAUAUUCAUCACGCAAAGCCCAGUUCUGCCUCCGAAUCAUACACUCAUACCACUCCCAUAAUUUGACGACAGCAACUAUGAGAUUCAAUCAAAGUGUCGUAUCUGUGCUUGGCCUAUUUUUGGCUUCUGCAGGAUGCGCAAAUGCGUUUACCCCUCUAAACCUGGUCUCCCAUGCAGGUCGAUUUGCCACAAGUUUGGAGGCUUCUAAAAUGGAGAAGCUUCCAGAGAGUUGCGUCCGUGUCACACUAGAAGUUCCAGGUCCAGCAACGAAGGCAGCCUAUGAAAAGGUCUGCACAGAGCUUUCGAAGACAGUCRCACUUCCUGGAUUUCGCAAGGGUAGCAAAAUUCCUCCGCAGGUGUUGGAACAAGCAAUGUCUGCGAAGGGAGGACGCAACGCGUUGAAGACACAAGCAAUCAAUACCCUUCUCUCAGAGCUAAUCGAAUCCGCCCUGAAAGAGGAACACGGACUUGAACCAAUUGGACAGCCUUCGCUGGAAACCGCUGCCGAAGAAUUGGCUAGCGGCUUCGUUCCAGGUGAAGACUUCGAGAUGGCAGUUAAAUGCGACGUCUGGCCCGACAUUCAAUGGAAGAAAGUAGAAGGCGCAGUGGAUCCCGAAAAACCCUACAUGGGGUUGAAGGGAACUUACACACGCAAGCCAUUUGACAAAUCCAAAAUGGACAAAGCGCUAACAGAUUUAAAGGAGCGAUAUGCUACUUUGGAUAAAAUUGAGGACGGCGAAUACGAAUUGCAGAUGGGAGAUGCAUGCACUGUCAACAUGGAAGGAUACAUGGCAAAUGCCGAGGGAGGAAAGGGUGAAAAACUACCUGAUGCGGCCAGUGGUGACAACGUCGAAGUAAUUCUUGGAGAAGGUCGAUACAUGACUGGUCUUGUUGAAGGAUUGCUUGGUGCAAAGGUUUCUCAGACAAGAGAGAUUACCGUUACCUUCCCAGAUGUAAGUCUCGAAUACAUUAGAGCUGCUUUGCGGAAAGAUAGAAGUCUUUCUUGUCCGUGCAAUACUUACUUUCUGAACCUUCCAUUUUUUCGUAACCAAUGCUUCAAAUUUAUUUUCCCACAAACAUUUAAACGUCUCGUGAAUCACAGAAACUUCGUGACAAGACUUUGGCGGGAAAGAAAGCUGUUUUUGAUGUUACCGUCUUGGAAGCUCAAAAACGAAACAUUCCCGAAAUUACUGACGAAUUUGCCGAGAAAGUACGAGCAGGAUUGACCGCCGAAAGUUUGAUUGAGGAGCUCCAAACGGCUGUUGAUCAAGAAGACGCUAAGGAAUUCACCCCUGCUCGUAACUCUGCCCUUGCUAAGGCCUUGUCACAAGUAAUGGACGUCGAAGUUCCAGACACGCUUGUAACGAACCAAGCGCGUGAUAAAUUUGCCCUGAUGAUGUCUGACAUGCGAAACAAUGGUGUUGCUGACGAAGAAAUCAAAAAGCAAAUCAGCCCGGAAAACUUUUUGAAGUACAAAAAGAUCGUAAAGGAUGAUAUCGUUGCAGACUUCAAGGUUUCUAUGGCCACCGAUGAGAUUGCAAGAAUCGAGGGUAUCGAAAUCGAAGAUUACAUGGUCGAAGAACAAAUGGAAUCGAUCAAACAAGAAAUGCAAGAGUCGGAUGACGAUUUUGACGAAGCAGGAAUUCGCGCUCGAGUCGAAGCCACUUUACAGCGACAAAGUGUAAUGGACUUUUUGGCAGAAAACGCUGAUCUCGAUGUCAAAUUUGUUGAAGGCGAGGGCGACUUUGAUAGUUCUCUAAUGGAGAAACUUGCUGAAGAAUCGCUCGCUAGAGAACAGGAAAUGGAAUCGCAGGCCCCGAAGGAAACAGGUGAGUCUCCUGCCACUCCCCCAGAUGUAGAAGCAGUGGCAGAAGAAGAGGUGCCGGCGGCUGAAGAAGUUGUAGAAGAGGCUCCAGUAGAUGAAGCUGAGACUGAAACAGUUGAGGAAGAAUCUGAWCCUGCUUCAGAUUCCGAUUCAGUUGCAGAAGAGAGAGAUGUUUCAUCUAUGUCAUUGCAGGAUCAGGCAUUCUAUGCUCUUAUGGAUUCCGGUGCUCUAAACAGAGAUGACACAAAGUGAACUCAAUCCUUUGCCGUAGGAUGGAACUAGAGUUGAUUUGCUCGGAAUGAUGUUUGUGACCCGCUGACGGACAAUUUUUUCUACUUCUCUUGCUUAGUCGAUGAUAAAUAAAUGAACAAUAAAAUCGAACACCAUCGCUUUGAAUCCAGGUAUCCCCAACAAAUAGAGGAGAAACAAUAGAAAAUAGUUGCUCUGUCUCUCGUCGAACAAGAUUAUAUAGUUUUCGUUCCGUCUCUGCCUAGUAAGCUUUAAACAAGAUCCUUUGCGUACUAGUAGUAAGUUCCGGCUCAAAAAUCAUCGACUUGUGAUGUAGUUCAGAAGUAGACGUCCUCUCCCCUCCGUUCUUUAGUUAAGGGUAUACAUCUGCCUUGGUUCGCUAGACACAUCGAGGUGGAUUGUCCGAGAGCGCAUUUGAGUUGAUCGGCUUUGAAAAACAGAGAAAAGUGAAGCGCCAAAUGGAAUCUUUUCGGGUCAAAAUCUGAAAUAUACAGACAUUGCCUGAGAACUUCCUUCAAAAAUUAACAAUUUCUAAGAAUUCAACAUUACAUGUCCUCUACUAUACAGAAAGCGAUUCUAGAGACGAAACGCCUAGUUCUAUCUCCUUCAAAACUUCAUCUCGAUAUCCUUUGUCUUCCGCCAUAUCCCUAAGCACAUCCCAUGCUUUUUGGAAAUCUACAUCGUCGUCCCUUCGUUGCAACAAUAUAGCUGCCUCGAUUGAAGCAAUGGGAGGGGAACGGUUUGAAUAGGCAUCGUACUGUGACGUGUCGUACGGUUCUCCCUCUACUAAUUCAGGAAGAUUUUCUCUAUGAAACAACUCCAUGAAAGAUUUGUCAAUUGCAUCCUUUAACUCGAAGACCCAUUUGCCAUAAAACGGAAUUCCAAACCUAAAUCCUAAGGCUUUACCGUCACCGCAAGCCAAUAGUUUGAGGAAAUCCUUCUGGGGCUUAUACGCUUUGAGAGACGUAUAACCUGUGCCUGUAUUCCAUUCACCUACAUGUUCUCUGCCAUUUUUAGAAUUCCCUACUUUGUUGUCCAAGAACAGAGUUAAAUUUUCGAUGAGAAUGGGACCGGCCCGCACAGCAUACACCCCUGCUUUUGGAAGGGAUCGUGAAGAUCCCGGAAUUUUCAUGGAACAACAAUCGCCUGCAGCAAAUACAAAGGGGUGGCUCACGCUUUGGAAACAUUCAUUCACUUGAAUCCAGCCAUUUUCCGAUAUGGCCAACCCACGCUGCCGAAGAGUAGAAACUAUCUCGAAAUGACAGUCAGCCCCAGUCGCCCAGAGGCAGUAAGUGAAUUCGAAUCGUUCACCGGAGUCCAAUAGCAAUGAAUGUUCAUCGACUUGAACAACCUUUGCGUUGUUGACGACGUCGAUUCCCCUUUCCUUCAACUGUUCCAUGAGUGCUUCCCUAUUGAGCAAUGUUUCGUCCGGAAAAAGUGUGUCGAAAGAAUUUAGGACCGUAACAGCGAUGUUCGUUUCUCCCAAAAUAGCUUUCCACCGUUCCGACACAGCCAUCGACAAUUCAAUACCAGCAGCUCCACCCCCUACGACCACAAUAUUCGAAAUACAUUGGUGUCCGUCUU